AUGGGUAACAAAAACAACAAGCCAGUCGUCCCCAAAGGCUGGGUCGCCGAGGCCCCUCCUCCAUACUCAGAAGUGGUCGACAAGCCAGCCGCACAGAGCGCAGGCAGCGGGUCCCGAAUCAACCUGCCGUCCACCGCAAAGCCCCAAACCGCACACGUUGGCGCCCCUCAACAGUAUCCGCAAUAUACACAGCCAUACGCGCAGCCCGCUCCCUACGGUCAACCCGCUCCAUACGGUCAACCAGCUCCUUACGCACAGCCCGCCCCAUACCCCCAGCAAUACCCUGCUAACUACAACCAGUCGUCCAGAAGCCGGUUUGGCGGGCUGGGUGGCAUGGGCAUGCUCGGAGGCCUGGGAGCAGGUGCGCUCGGAGGCCUGCUGUUGGGCGAGAUGAUGACCCCCGACACGGUGAUCUACGAGAACGGAGGUGGCUACGGCGAUUUUGGUGGUGGAGGAGGCGACUUUGGCGGCGGAGACUUCGGCGGGGAUUUCUGA